ACAGUAGACGCAUAGCGCACAAGAGUAUCUCCUUUUUCUUCCUCCAGUCAACAAUAUGGCCUGAUUGAGUUACGUCUCAUCGCCAUUCACUAAAAAUUUUUUUUUUUUAUUAUUAUUUUGCGCUUAAAAUUCCCAGAAAUGAACGACAAAGUGGCGCUCGUAAUUAUUAUUAUUUCCCUGUGGUUGUCCAACUCCGAUUGUAAACUUCUCCAGCCCAACAUCAUAGUUAUUCUAAUAGACGAUCUAGAUGUAGCAUUAGGAGGCCUGGAGCCCAUGGCCAUCACCCGCCGACUCGUCGCCCAGCACGGCGCCACCUUCACCAACGCCUUUGUCUCGACCCCCGUCUGCUGUCCGAGCCGCUCGUCCAUUUUGACGGGCAAAUACGUUCACAAUCACCGGGUCAUCAAUAACACGGCGUCGGGAAACUGCGGCAGUCGCCAAUGGCAAAACGGACCGGAGCGCAAGACGAUGGCCACGUAUUUGCAGGCCGACGGGUACGCGACUUUUUACGGCGGCAAAUACCUCAACCAGUACGGGAGGAACGAAACCGGUGGCGUUGAACAUGUGCCCCCUGGCUACGACCGUUGGGUGGGAUUGGUUGGCAACUCUCGUUACUACAACUACACCCUAUCGGUGGACGGGCAGGCCCGUGACCACGGCGACGACUAUCACCUGGACUACCUGACCGACGUUUUGGCUAAGGAAGCGCUGGAUUUCAUCGAUGGAACCUCCUUAUCGGGAGGAACAGACGGGAGUAAUCAUCGGCCGUUGUUCGCCGUCAUCGCUCCGCCGGCCUGCCAUUCGCCGUUCACGCCGGCCCCGCAAUUUGCCCGCAAGUUCAGCGGACGACGGGCCCCGCGCUGGCCCAGCUUCAACCGCCACCCGGGCCUGGACAAACACUGGCUAGUCCGGCAAGCCCCCCAGGGCCCUCUGCCCAAAGAAAUCAUCGACCAAGUGGACCACAUCUUCCGUCAGAGGUGGAGGACUCUCUUAUCCGUCGAUCAAAUGAUUGGAAAAAUAGUGAAAUUGCUGGGCCGGAAGGGCCAGCUGGACCGUACGUGGCUGGUGGUGACGUCGGAUCACGGCUACCACCUGGGCCAGUUCACCCUGCCCGUCGACAAGCGAUUACCUUACGAAACGGACGUUCGCGUGCCGCUGCUGGUCAUCGCCCCCGGCAAUCAAACCCUCAAUAAGAACAGCAACAACAACAACAAGGACAACACGGAGAUCGAUUCGUUGGCCGUCGUUUCCAUCGAUCUGGCGCCCACUAUUCUCGACAUGGCCGCCUUGCCCGUCCCGUCAGACAUGGACGGCCUUUCACUCCUGCCGCUGAUCCUCUCACGACAUCCGCCAGCCGAGGAAGUGUCGGGAGUUGGCGAUCCGUGGGAUCGUGUCUGCCGGAUCGAUGAUCGGCCGCCAUCAUCCGCUCAUCCGUGGCGGAAGCGCCGCUCUUUCUUGAUCGAAUAUCACGGCGAGGCCGACCUGGACGACGUCGAUCUCCAAUGCCAACAGGAUCCCAACACAACCUUGUGCCUGAAGGAUUUCGGCUGCAAAUGCCAAGAUGCCGCCAACAACACGUACGUCUGCCUGCGCACCUUGCCACCGGCCCGGCAACAACAACAGCAGACGGGCAAGAAUAAUGAAGAAAAUAGUCUCUACUGCCAGUUUGACGAUUCGGAAAAGUUUGUAGAAUAUUACAACCUGCGUGACGAUCCCUAUCAGCUGGACAACCUGGCCUACCGUCGAUCGUGCAACUGCACGACGGCCGAUCCCCGUCGCCGCAAAUUGCUGGCCCGUUACGCCAAAUGUCGUGGGUCCGUCAACUGUUUUUAGGGCGUUUGAGACAUACGCCUCAUUUCCUGUUUUGUGUUCUGAUUUUAUUAUUAGCUGAUGGGCUGGCAAGUUUUUCAUUAUAAAUGUUAUUUGUUUGGCCGGCAAUAAUAAUAUAGUCCGUUUAUUAUGA